GGCCGACGCCGGCGGCGGUCAUUAACACUUCAGACGCGUGUCUCCUUCGUAAGGUUCAACUCGACUCCGUUAACUACCAAGCAAGAUGGGCAUCUCGAUGGAACGCAAGGGCGAAUACUUCGUCAAGUUGGAGAACCUCCUUGACACGUACAACAAGAUCUUCUUGGUGUCCGUCGACAACGUUGGGUCGAACCAAAUCCAACAAAUCCGUAUCGCGUUGCGCGGCACGGCCGAAGUCCUCAUGGGCAAGAACACCAUGAUCCGCAAGGUGUUCAACAACUACGUGCGCAAGAACCCUGGCCACCCCUUGGAAGGCCUCAUCCCUGCCCUCCGCGGCAACGUCGGGUUUGUGUUCACCAACGGUGACCUCGGCAAGGUGCGCGAAACGUUGGAAGCGAACAAGGUCCCCGCGCCUGCUCGUGUCAACGCGAUCGCUCCCAUCGAUGUGUGGUGCCCUGCCGGUCCCACCGGUUGCGACCCCGGUCAGACCUCGUUUUUCCAGGCGUUGCAAAUCGGUACCAAGAUUCAAAAGGGUCAAAUUGAAAUCGUUGCCGACGUGUUGUUGACCAAGGCCGGUGAAAAGGUCGGAAACUCCGAAGCCGUGCUGCUCCAAAAGUUGAACAUCCGCCCGUUCUCGUACGGUUUGAUCAUUGUCAGCGUGUACGACAACGGCUCGAUCUUCGACCCCAAGGUCUUGGACUUGACCGAAGACAACUUGGUGCAAAAGUUUGUCGGUGGUCUCCGCAACGUUGCGUCCGUCUCGUUGGCCUUGGGCUUCCCCACGUUGGCGUCGAUCCCGCACUCGUUGGCCAACGCCUUCAAGUCCUUGGUCGCUAUUGCUGUUGAAUCGGAAAACUUCUCGUUCAAGAAGGCUGACCCGUUCAAGGCGUUCUUGGCUGAUCCUUCGGCCUUUGCCGCGGCGGCUGGCCCUGCUGCCGGCGGUGCUGCCCCUGCCGCCGCCGCUGCUGCCGUUGAAGAAGAAGAAGAAGAAGCCGAUGUCGGUGCCGGUGACAUGUUCGGCAGCUCUGACUACUAAGCGCGGUUGGUUUCAACUCUUGACGACGAGAUUGGAUGCAAACAUCCCAUGAAGUGUUAAGUAAUUUGACAAGUCCCAUCCUGUCAACAUGAUGUCCUGAAGGGACUUUAUCGCUCCUCUGUUGACACUGAUGACUGUGCCUAUGAAUAUGGCCAAUUUCUAUC